AUGGACUUCCACAAGUUCUUGGACAACAAGUGGACUAUCCUCUUCAGCCACCCUGCCGACUUCACACCCGUUUGCACGACUGAGCUUGGGGCCUUUGCGAAGCUCAAGGAUGAAUUCGAUGCGCGCGGCGUCCAGAUGAUUGGCUUGAGCGCCAACGAUCUGAGCUCUCACGACCAGUGGAUUGCCGACAUCAACGAGACCUCCAACACCACCGUGCAGUUCCCCAUCAUCGCCGAUGCCGAUCGCCACGUCGCUUUCCUUUACGAUAUGAUCUCGCAAGACGACCUCGAUGCGCUCCAGAAGAACGGCGGCAUUGCCUUCACGAUCCGUUCGGUUUUCAUCAUCGACCCAGCGAAGAAGAUCCGCCUUACAAUGUCAUACCCCGCGAGCACCGGCAGGAACACCGCCGAGGUACUGAGAGUCAUCGACAGCUUGCAGACAGGAGACAAGAAGGGCAUCGCUACACCCAUUGACUGGCAGAAGGGCCAAGACGUCAUCGUGCCACCCAGCGUCAGCACUGAGGAUGCCAGGAAGAAGUUUGGCGAUGUCAGGGAGGUCAAGAAGUACCUGCGCUUCACCAACGUUGGGCAAUAG